AGGCACAUGCACUCACGUUCCGCCAGUCAUGGAGUCAACGCUGAACGAAACACGUCGCUCUUUAGCGUUAUUUUUAUUGAUCGCGGUCUUCAGCACGCUGAGCGCGGCUCAACUGCAGUUCCCCAAGGAUCCGUCGAACAUCAAGGAUUUGAACGAGCUUGGCGCACAAUAUCUGCCCGCUGGCUACAGCAAUUCGAAUGUGACAGUCGCCGAUCUGCAGCGUUUGCUGCGCCAAAAGUGCGAGAAGGCCAACUCCGGAUUGCCUGCGAAUCAAGUCGAUGCCGGCAAAUUGAGUGGAAAUAUCGAACAGGCGGCGGGUCAAUUGUUCCAAUGCGUCUCCGGGCUGCUGAAUGUCACCGCCAUGCUCGACGAGGUGGAGGAUGCCAAGCCCAAAGGUGAUCUCGAUGUCGUCUUCGAGCGCUACUGUCUGCGUUUGCCGAAUAUGACACAGUGCCUGAACGACUUCAAUGCGGCGCUGUUGCCGUGUUUGACACGCGAGGAGCGCAAUCACAAUGCGAUGAUGAAGCGCAUUGUCGGCAAACUGCUGGACUUUGUGUGCUUCAGGAAUGGCGAUCAGAUUGCCCUGUUCAUUGCCGAGCAGGGGCCCGAAUGCUUUGAGGAGCACAAGGAUAACAUUGGCAACUGCUUCCAGACCAAUUUCGGUCACUAUCUGCCCAGUGAGCUGAAUGUCACGAAACUGGAGUUGCCCGAGUUGGUCCUAGACUCCAAAAAGUGCCUCGAUCUGCAUAACUUCGAGACGUGUGUGCUGGGGCAUCUGGAGAAGUGCGAGAACAUCACGCCCAGCAACAUUGUCGAGUCGAUGUUCCGCUAUGUCCGCAAAGAGACCAACUGCCAGCAGAGCAUCAAUCGUGAGACACGUGAGAGCGAGCCGCUCUCUCUCCGCGCUGGGGCAUCAGUCAGCUCGGUGGCAACUGCAGCUGCCACCCUCGCUCUUCCUCUAGCCUUAGUUCUUCGCACGUUUUAAAUAUAUACAUACUAUAUAUAUUUUUUUUCUUAUUUUUUGUUGUUGUUAAUCACCGAACUACGAAUGCAAAUAAACAUGUCAAUCUGAUAAUGAA